AUGAUGAAAAGAUUCUUUCCCCUUAAAAUUCAGACUCGUCUGAAAUGCGACUACCCACUACUUACUUUCGAGCAAUUGGUUUCUACAAAUGGAAUAGGGAAAGGGAAAACCGGCAGAAUUCCUUUAAGGGAUUACAUAGAAUGGCAAAAUUUCCCAAAUAUAAUGAAAAGAGAAAACUUCUUUACACAAAGAAAACAAGCGUCUACGGGAUCCAUAGAUCCCAUUUUAUUUGACAACAUUAUCAAUUAUGAUCCAGUAUUCAGCGAGUGCCUCGCAAAAUGGCUACUUGUCAACUACAAAUUGAACGACUACCCGUAUUAUGACCUCAACAUCGUCAAUAUUUACACGGAUUUACCUCAAGGGAUUCAAAUAUGCAAAAGUUUAAUGACAUAUCUAAAAUCGACAUUGUCUGAAAACAUGUUUCAGAGGAUAAAGUACUUUAUGAUUCCUUUAUACAAAUGUGACAAUGUACCAUUAAAGGUCUUAGAUGGAAUACCUGGAGCAGUAAGCUUAGUUCAAGAUUAUCCGGUAUCUCCGACUUUAUUGAAAGAAAAGUUUCUCAUAGAGGACCCCGUUAAUAUUCUAAUGCUCAACGAUGUUAUUAAAUACACGACCCACGAUUUAGUCAGAUACUCUUCAUACCAUAACGCAUGGGAGCAAUGCUUUGUAGAUGUGGAUGAGAAUGGACAAAAUAAUAAAACAUUUGAUAGUGAUAUUGACUAUUCGUGCAAACUUGCGUUAGAUCAAAUGUUCAGUGAACAAUCAAAUAUAGUUCCUGAUAAAGAAGUUUAUAUUCCUACUAAAUUAAUUGAGAUAUUCACAACAAUCAAAAAUAAUAUUCCAGAACAUCGACUCUUCACCGUGGACACUCCACAAAGAUCGAGCCCAACAUUAUUAUCAAUAUUAAAAAGCUUAUUAAACCCACGCUUAACAGGGUCGAGCCAGAUAGUGGAACCAUACUCCGAUUCAAUCUUUUCUGAUAUUUGCAGCGGAAGGGUGUAUUUCAUGACGGACUUCUUACAGUUACAAAAAAUCUACAAUGAUAUCAAUGAAUCCUCUAGGAGCUGUGAAGUCGAGGAUAUUAGCGAUUUUGUUGAAAAAUGGAUGAGCCCUAGUGAGACAGACACACGCACAUUGUCGAAUGGAAAGAAGCCUCAUCUGGAAGACAUAAGCAACAGUACUUUGGCAACACUUCAUUCCACAUAA